GGUGUGCAUCCCUUUUACCGUACAAACUGUUUACGGGCGUCUUUUGGGUUCGUUCUCCUCGCAGCUUAAGCCAGAGGUGUUUAACGUCAUGCUGUUGUUGCUAAGCAGUCGCUUUGUCUACGAGGAAAUCCAUGAGGACGCGGAGUCAGUUACGUUUGAGGUGGCCCAAAGCGGUAGUUGUGUGUACAUCAACAGCGAUAGGAUAACCGCAUUGCAGUUGCUACAGCUUCGACGGUUGAUGUGUGCCAGACUGUGCGUGCUGCAUUUUCUUAUGCAACAUGAGGCGGCACCCAGCGAUAAUGACGCGAUAGCAGAGCAUUUGCUGAGGACGGGGAGUGACUUUGGCAUACCGCCAGGCAUGGAGCAGCAACCACAUCUCCUCUCUUUCAUGAUUACUUCUUCCUUGACGAAGGUGGUUCAACGCAUUGGGGCGACGAUUUCCACGAAUUGCGACCGGAGGGUGUCUGGUGUUCCUGCAAAUUCGCAGCCCUUCUGCAGGGUUACCGAGCGUCCAGCGCACUUUCACCCUACGCGGCAGUCAGCCCUUCUGUUUUCAAGCAACGGUUGUGCGCCGUAUGAGUGCCCAGCAGGUGCAAUGACGCCAGUUUACCGUGAUCCGCAAGCAAACUUAAUUGCAUAG